AUGUACAUGUACAUGUACAUCACCGGCAUGUACAUGUACACCUCUGCGUACGGUGCGCACUACGAAUGGUUGGUACCGAUGCCGAGCACAGCACAUCCGUACAAUUUCCUGGCGAACGGGUACACCUACGGCGAGGGCCCCGAUCAUCCCUCGCGGAGUUUCAGUCUCCCGAGGCCGACGGGAUUCUACCUGGUAACCCACCCCCCGGGAGCCGACACCACACGCAAGCCAAAACACGCAAUCCCAACCUCAUCUUUCACCCCAUCCUCUGCCGCAACGAGACCGAAAAUGGCGGCCGAGCCUUCGGAAAAGGCGACGCCGGUCCAUGACGGCGACGCCUCGGCGCCGACGUCGAGUCGCAGCGUCGACAACGACUCCUCGGACGAUGGCUCCCAAGAGAAGGAAAAGCAAGCCGACAAGCUGGCGCUCGCCAAGGCCGACACCAAAGUCGCGGCACCGCAGCCGCCGGCCGACGACCCCGACGAGCCCUACCGCCAUCUUCCCCCUCACCAAGCCCAGAUCCUCAAGCGGCAGGUCUUCACGCCGACGCUGAAGAAGGGCUUCGGCGACAUCUACCGCUACUCGUCACGCAACGACGUGCUCAUCCUCAUCGUCUCGGCCAUCUGCGCCAUCGCCUCGGGCGCCGCCCUGCCGCUCAUGACGGUCAUCUUCGGCAACCUCCAGGACACGUUCCAGCAGUACUUCUACUCGGGAGGCCAGAUGACGUACGACGACUUCAUCAGCGAGAUGACCAAGUACGUGCUCUACUUUGUCUACCUCGCCAUCGGCGAGUUCGUCGUCACCUACAUCUGCACCGUCGGCUUCAUCUACGUCGGCGAGCACAUCAGCGCCAAGAUUCGCGAGCACUACCUCCAAAGCUGCAUGCGUCAGAACAUUGGCUUCUUCGACAAGCUCGGCGCCGGCGAGGUCACGACGCGCAUCACCUCGGACACCAACCUCAUCCAGGACGGCAUCUCGGAAAAGGUAUCUCUGACGCUCGCCGCCAUCGCCACCUUCGUCACGGCCUUCGUCAUCGGUUUCAUCAGCUACUGGAAGCUGACGCUGAUCCUCUCCUCCACCGUCUUCGCCCUCGUCUUCAACAUCGGCGCCGGCUCCAGCUACAUGCUCAAGAACAACAAGUUCAGCCUCGAGUCGUACGCCCAGGGCGGCAGCCUCGCCGACGAGGUCAUCAGCUCCAUCCGCAACACCGUCGCCUUCGGUACACAGGACCGCCUGGCCAAGCAGUACGACAAGCACCUCGCCAAGGCCGAGCACUACGGCUUCCGCAUGAAGAGCGCCAUGGCCGUCAUGGUGGCCGGCAUGAUGCUCAUCCUCUUCCUCAACUACGGCCUCGCCUUCUGGCAGGGCAGCAAGUUCCUCAUCGAGGGCAUCAUUCCCCUCUCCAAGGUGCUCAUCAUCAUGAUGGCCGUCAUGAUCGGCGCCUUCAACCUCGGCAACGUGACCCCCAACAUCCAGGCCUUCACCACGGCCCUCGCCGCCGCCGCCAAGAUCUUCAACACCAUCGAUCGCGAGUCGCCGCUCGACCCGUCCGACGACAAGGGUGACAGGGUUGAGAACCUGCAGGGCGACAUCCGCCUCGAGCACAUCCGCCACAUUUACCCGUCGAGGCCCGAGGUCGUCGUCAUGGACGACGUGAGCCUCGUCAUUCCCGCCGGCAAGACGACGGCACUCGUCGGCGCUUCGGGCUCCGGCAAGAGCACCAUCGUCGGCCUCGUCGAGCGCUUCUACGACCCCGUCGAGGGCUCCGUCUACCUCGACGGCAAGGACAUCAGCACCCUGAACCUCAAGUGGCUCCGACAGCAGAUGUCGUUGGUGAGCCAGGAACCGACGCUCUUCGGGACCACCAUCUUCAACAACAUUCGCCACGGCCUGAUCGGGACCAAGCACGAGGGCGAGGGCGAGGAGAAGCAGCGGGAGCUCGUUGUCGAAGCCGCCAUCAAGGCCAACGCCCACGACUUCAUCACCUCGCUGCCCGAAGGGUACGAGACCAACGUCGGCGAACGAGGCUUCCUGCUGUCCGGGGGCCAAAAGCAGCGCAUUGCCAUCGCGCGCGCUGUCGUGUCCGAUCCCAAGAUUUUGCUGCUUGACGAGGCCACCUCGGCUCUUGACACCAAAUCCGAAGGCGUCGUCCAGGCAGCCUUGGAAACGGCGGCCGCCGGCCGGACGACCAUCACCAUCGCUCAUCGCCUCUCCACCAUCCGGGAUGCCCACAACAUUGUCGUCAUGUCCGACGGCCGCAUCGUGGAGCAAGGCACCCACGACGAGCUCCUGGAGAAGAAGUCGGCCUACUGGAACCUCGUGUCGGCCCAGCACAUCGCCACCGCCGAAACCAUGACGGCCGAGGAGGAGGAGGAGCUCAACAGGAAGGAGGAGGAGCUUCUGGUUCGCAAAAUGUCCAACAAGGAGGGCGGCUACGUCGCCGACCCGGACGACGACAUCGCCGCCAAGCUGGGCCGCACCUCGACCCAAAAGUCUGCCUCGAGCGUUGCGCUGCAACGGGGCACCCCGGAAGAGACGAAAAAGUACGGCGUCUGGACGCUGAUGAAAGUCAUCAUGUCGUUUAACAAGCCCGAGUGGCAGCUGAUGGUCAUCGGUCUCGUCUUCUCCGCCAUUUGCGGCGGCGGCAACCCUUUCUUCCUCUGCUUCAUGGCCAUCAUCUUCGGUGCCCAGUCCGCCGGCACCAUCUUCUCGUUCGCGCCGGACAUGGGCAAGGCCCACCACGCCGCCCAGGAGCUCAAGGAGCUCUUCGAUCGCCAACCGACGAUCGACUCGUGGUCGGAGGAAGGCGCCCGUCUCGAGGAGGUCGAAGGCCAUAUUGAGUUCCGCGACGUGCAUUUCCGCUACCCGACCCGACCCCAGCAGCCGGUGCUGCGUGGCCUCAACCUCGCCAUUCGGCCCGGCCAGUACGUCGCGCUGGUGGGCGCGUCGGGGUGCGGCAAGAGCACCACCAUUGCCCUCUUGGAACGUUUCUACGAUCCCCUGGCCGGCGGCGUCUUCAUCGACGGCAAGGAGAUCAGCACGUUGAACGUCAACGACUACCGAUCCCACAUCGCCCUGGUCAGCCAGGAGCCGACCUUGUACCAAGGGAGCAUCCGGGAGAACAUUCUCCUGGGCACCGCCAAGGAGGAGGUGUCGGAUGAGGACGUGGAGUUCGCCUGUCGUGAGGCCAACAUCUACGAUUUCAUCGUCUCGCUACCCGACGGCUUCAACACCGUCGUCGGGAGCAAGGGCGCCCUGCUCUCGGGCGGCCAGAAGCAGCGGAUUGCCAUUGCCCGCGCCUUGAUACGCGACCCCAGGAUUCUACUUUUGGACGAAGCGACGUCGGCCUUGGACUCGGAGUCGGAGCACGUCGUGCAGGCGGCCCUGGACAAGGCGGCCAAGGGACGGACGACGAUAGCCGUGGCCCAUCGGCUGAGCACGAUACAGAAGGCCGACGUCAUCUACGUCUUUGAUCAGGGCCGAAUCGUCGAGGCGGGCACCCACUCGGUGCUGAUGAACAAGAACGGGCGAUACGCAGAGCUGGUCAAUCUACAGAGCCUGGCCAAGCAUGGGUAG